AAUAACGUUAUCAGUCUUUAUUCCCGCCAUAGCAAUCAACAUAACUUGACUACAUUGUGUGCCGGAGGGAUAAAUAAUUAUUAUUGUCUUACGGGCAAAUAAUUUAGAAAUAUAAGACUGGUGUAAAUAAUGAAAAGUGUAGCAGUGAUUGGGGCAGGUUGUUGUGGGUUAACAGCUAUCAAAUGCUGUCUUGACGAGGGACUUGAACCUGUUUGUUUUGAGAGGGGUAACUAUAUAAGUGGAUUAUGGCAUUACACAGAAGAGGUAGAGGAAGGUCAGGCAUGUGUGAUGAAAUCUACGGUGAUUAAUACAUCAAAGGAGAUGAUGUGUUACAGUGAUUUUCCUAUCCCUGCAGAUUUUCCGAUCUACAUGCAUCAUCAGCAAGUCGAUAGAUAUUUCCAUAUGUACGCGGACAAGUUCGGACUGAGAAAGUACAUAAACUUCAAUACAGAGGUAAACGUUAUAAAUAACAUUAACCACGAGGGAAUAUUUCAGGUUUAUUUAAGUACCAGGUCAGGUUCUUGGAUUGUCAAUCGUGUAGCUGAGAAAGGGCUUCCUUGGGACAUGGUACAAUCAACUUGCUUUAACACAAAGCUUUUGACGACGUUUCCAAAUAUGAUAACUUCGCGCACAGAGAAGAAACUUGACCAAAAAAUCGAUCAUGAAAAAUAUUGCCUUAAACCUAAACAUGGUCUGUUUUCUGCACGACAAACCAUGAAUGAUGAGUUGCCAAAUAGAAUAAUAACUGGAGGUGUUAUUGUAAAAGCCAAUGUUGCAGAGUUCACAGAAACAGGGGCGAUCUUUGAAGACGGCACAACGAUUGAUAAUUUGGAUGCUGUAGUGCUAGCAACGGGCUAUAAUUUUGGAUUUGAAUUCAUUGAUAAAAGUGUGAUAGAGGUGAAAGCCAACAAAGUCAAUCUAUACAAGUACAUGUUUCCACCCAACUUGCAAAAACAUACGAUGGCAAUUAUUGGUUGCUUCCAGGCACUCGGUGCAACUAUGCCCCUGAGCGAAAUGCAAUGUCGCCUUGCUACAAGGGUGUUUAAGGGAUUAAAGACGAUGCCAGAAAGUAGCAAGAUGUGGAAAGACAUUAAAAGCAAGCAAGCGGCUAUGGGUAUGAGAUACAAACAGUCUUUGAGACACACAAUACAAGUGGAUUACGUCCCUUACAUGGAUGAACUUGCUGAAAUGGUUGGCUGUAAGCCUAACACAGGAAAACUUGUUUUAACUGAUCCAAAACUUUCGAUGGAAGUUUUCUUUGGUCCUUGCACCCCUUAUCAAUAUCGAUUAAUGGGACCGGGGCCUUGGAAAGGUGCACGGAAUGCCAUCAUGACACAAUGGGAGCGGACGUACGAACCACUUCAGACAAGACCUUGUGCUAAAACUGAACGCAAAAGUUCAGGGGCAUUUUAUAUGAUGAUCGUCGCUGUAAUAGCUGUUCUGUUAUAUUUUAUUCUGUAAACAUUUACGAGUAUUUAAUAUCAACGUGUAAGAAGAUAAUGUUGCAUAGAUAAGGAGAUAUUUGCUCAGGUCCUCCACUAUUCAUUUCAGCGGUCUAAAUUCUUGUUUAUUUGUUGUUAUUUUUGCCAUUAAAUAUUGGAAAAUUUUAUUGAUGAUAUGUUGUCCUAUAUUUAUUUUGUCUUCUGAUAGCUGUCUUUGAUACCCAGACAGUCUUCACAUUUUACUAAAAGUUAUAUAAAGUGUUUUCUUAUUAUAUAAUUCAUAAACGGUGACAUAAAGUUGAUUUUGUAACCUUGUGGUCGAUUCUUUAAGUGUGAUAACAGUGAAUACUUCUGUAAUGUGCCUCACAUGAAAACAAACUCUGCAUUAACCGUAUAAAAUAUUCCUAGACAAAAAUAUAUUGAUUUUUAUAUUUUCUGAUCACAGAUCAGGCAACACAGUGCUGACAUUCAAUAUCUUCCCGACAAUCCUAACAAGGAAAAGUAGUUCUCAAAACAGCUUAAAACAAACGAUGUAAAAGACAUAAAUAGUUUUAUUUUGUUACAAGUAUCCAACGAAUUAUAACGCAUUCAAUGUUUAAAAGUAGCUUUGGCUGAUGAAAUUGUCAAUAAAUGCACAAUCACAAAUUACGCGGAUGAAUAUUUUUUACAAAAAAGAAGUUAAAGCUAUUUCCGUUAAGCUUCGGAUUAUUGCGAUCGGAAUUAAACGCGCCUAAAUGAACACUUGUUAUUUAGAAUUUUUGAAAUGUAAAGUAAAGAUGUUGA